AUGGAAGAGGCUCGUUUAUAUUAUGGAACGGUCUCUAUAAAACACGAACGGAGCGAAAAUUUCUCCCAUAUCGGCGGGAAAAAUGGCCCCAUUUUGCAAGUAUCUUGUGCUACUAACUUGGGCAAUUGGAGUCGCUUCGGGACCGCCGGCGCAAUUCGAACAGACGCUAACGAAACGGAAACUGUGCAACGUAUCAACGUGGUGGAUAUCAGGCCCUACCCCGUUGCAAAAAAUGAUCUGGCUUUAAUGAAGCUCGAGCGCAAGGUCAGUCUCCAACCCGGCACUACCGAGAAAAUCCGGAUCGCAGCCAGCAAAUGGGCCUACGAUCCUGAUGAGGUCUUCAUCAUGGGAUGGGGCCAGACGAACCCGCGUGUGGCGGCGAUUCCGGCAGUCCUAUCG